GGUCGGAUCCCUCCGCGCCCCGAGGGCACGCAAACUCCCUGAGCCCCGGUAAGCACCAGGUCGACGAGGGCGGACUCGCCAAGGGGGCGGGGACAAGUGAAAUCGACAGACGAGACAGCCAAUCGAGACGCGGGAUCGGCCGGCGGCGAUCCGGCGGCCCAAUGGGCGCCGCGGAGGGAGGGCCUGGCCGAGUGGAGGAAGAGCGGGGGCGACAACGGGCGUUGUCGUGGCCGACGAGAUCGUUUGGGGCGCGGGCUGCCCGGCCUGGUGGCGCCACUACUGUCUUCGGAAAGGUCGUCGGCAAGGCGCUUCCCGCCAACGUCAUCUACGAGGACGAGGAGUGCCUUGCGUUCCAUGAUCUUUCACCCCACGCUACAACGCUUUUCCUAGUCGUGCCUAAGGAGCCAAUCGUCAUGUUAUCUGAAGUAGAAGAUUCUGGUGAAUCUCGCCUUGGGCAUUUAAUGAUUGUUGGCAAGAAGCGUGCUGCUCACCUGGGCCUGACCAACGGAUUCCGGACAGUUGUGGAUGAAGGGCGUGAGGGUGGGCGGUCUGUCUGUCACGUACAUCUACGUAUUCUGGGUGGCUGUCAGUUGGGCUGGCCGCCUGGCUAAGAUUUUUGCACCACAAGAGUUGCUGCGUGUGUUCAAAUCGCCACUGAUGUCUGUUGAUGUCUAAUUUUUUGUGACGUGUGUCUGUGGAAGAUAACGGAAGCUUUGAGCAGCAGUUGCACAAUAAAGAUUUAGCAUGGGGAUAUCA